CUUCCCGCCAUAUGCAGGCGAGGAAAAUUUGAGCAGCGUUUCUUUCACGUCGACAUUUUAGAGGAGUCAUGUCUUCUGCAAAGAUUUCGUUAGACAAAGAGGCAUUUUUUCGACGGACCAAGAAAAUAUACACCGCUUGGAAGGUAAAUUGAAAGGCCUAGCCAAGAAUUGGGCUCGUUUUCGCCGUUUGUUUUGCCACAAACGGGCUGUUCUUUUCGAAUUUCAUCGACCUGUUUGACCCUAUUUGAAUUAUCUCUCUUUUUUUAUAUACGCAAAGGCUUCGUCGUCGGAGAAUGGGGCAUCGUUUAGCGAAGUCGAUUCGAUCGUAGUUGCUGUUGGAAACGAUGACGACGUUAUAUACAGCAAAUCGACGGCUCUUCAUGUGAGUUUACUUGUUUUGCGGGGUGAAAUAUUGCGGGGCAUAUGUCUCGCAAAUUAUAGAGAAUUAUUUAGAUCAUAUAGACGUUUUCAUGCGCAAUGUAGUAAAUUGCUUGUUUAUAUUUUGCUGGUGUAAGAAUAUGCUGCUUUUAUAGUGUACAUUUUGUUGGUAGUUACAUAAAUUAUCAAAGCAAAAUAGUAUAAUUUUUGAUGGCUUCUCCACGUGCUAGUCAUAUUAAAUUGGUAGCCAACCAAUAUUGUAAUGGUUGGUUGUGAACUUGUAUGUAACAUGGGGCCCUGUUACGGGGGUUACAAUGUUGCCUUUCGCCCACUGUGGUAGGGAAGGAUCGUACCUCAUCUGCAAGGAGGGGUGCAGGUUUUCCAUGGGGUUGUGCAUGAGGGACUGCUCUUUCAGUCCGCAACGCUACUGUCCCAACAGUACCAUUAUUUGAGAUGGCCGAAUCUGCAUGUUCGCCAUUCUGUUGUUACAUUAUCUUUUGUUUAUAAAGUUUAUGUCAUCCAGGCCUCGAAAUAAGUGCCGGCCACUGGUCACUGAGCGGUAAAAUUUCACAGUUUGACCGUCAAAUAUCGUUGCCUGGCGGACAUGCGUGACCGGUAAAUUUUUUAAUAAAAACAUAUGUUCAAAAAUGGAGCAGAUUGUUGAUUUCCAAGUUUCCAAAGAAGUGUAUGUCCGUCUAGGGCACGGGCUGAUAAGGGCGGUGAAGUGACACAUUUUGCCGUACGGAUACGAUAUACCGCAAGCUUUGACCAUGCAUUGUGCCUAAGGGCUGUUUUCCAGUUACGCGUUUUUCACAUGUGCAACAGAAAAGUUUAAAUCUUUCAUAUUAGUGCAAAUAACCUUAACAAAUACACAUUAAAUCAUACACAAAACUGAAUGCUGUCCUUUUAUAAAUUUAGUUAUUUCAUAAGUAGGAUGUCAAGCGAUUUCAACUUUUACGUGCGUCAGAACGCGCAACUGGAAUGCAGCCUUGCAGCAUGCUCGCAACUCAACUCAAAUUACAGUUGUCAUUUACGACUUAACAAACAGGCAUGGCAAACAAUUGCUCUGUUUGUCAGCGUCCAAAUACAAAAUAUUCAUGUGUAAAUGCGCUGCAAUUACUACUACAGCUUUGAUAAUCACCAUGCAUACUUCUACUUUGUAUACAAAUACAAUUAAAAUGCACAAUUGUUUCUAAAGUUACGAGUCACACGAAAGAUGAGGGGGAAAAGAAGCUAAGGAGUGACAAUGACCGGCAUAAAUUCCACUGUGACCGGUAAAUUUAGUGAUCCACCGGUCAUAAUGACCGGUAUAACGUCCAGAUUUAUUUCGAGGCCUGAUGUCAUCUUUUUAUUACAUAUGCAUCACUGGACAGUUGCUGUAGCAAAGUAGAGUAUAUUUGAAAAUAUGGCUGACAUGUUUACAUUUUUAACCAUGGUAUUGAACUUUAGCAUUCUGAGUGUUUUCUUGCAAGGCUGGAUUUUGGUGGAAAUAGUGGGGGAGGUGGAAAAAAAUUUAGGGGAGGUUUAGCCGUUUAGCUCAUAAACCCCAUGGAAAGUUAGGCUUACUGUAGAACGGACCAAAGUCAAUGGCGUGACAUAUGCAUGUAGUGACUGCGUAUGUACCAGCACAUAUCUACCGCAAUGAACUAUGACUGUACGACUCAUCCAAAUUUGCCCUUCAUUAUAAUUGUUACAAAGUUUCUUUCAAAACAUUGCAUUGAAAACGUAUUUGACACAGAGAUGAAUUGCUAUCACUCUUUCAAUUUUACCACAAAAGCUUUCUUACAAAGUACAGACCCCAAGCAACCAUCAAAUUUUCACUUUGAUCUAUCAUUGAAACUUUCCCAAAGGGAGGUGCAUGACUUCAAGGAAGGUGCAAAAAUUCUCAGGGGAGGUGCACACCUCCCCUCGGCAUCCGGCCAUGUUUUGGUGUGUGUCAACAAAGGUAAGGGUGAAGUGGAAUGGCAGCCUGGGCCAUUUUGCAGGCACCGCCUGAAUGAAUUUUCAUUCGUGUUUCCCACAGUAAUUGGCAACUGCUCUUGCGGUUACCCAGCCUGGAGCAAAGUUAAUAAAUUGUAAAUUCUUUUUCUAGCAAUGGUUAUUUGGCUAUGAACUUACGGACACACUCUUGGUGCUUGCCGAAUCGUCUGUUGAUAUCCUUGCAAGUAAAAAGAAAAUUGAUUUCCUUAAACCUUUACAAGAAGCUCAAAAGAAACAUGAAGGAUUUCCAACAAUUAACUUGCAUUUAAGAGAUAAGGUAUCAGAAUAAGCUUUGAUGUAAAAUGUAUCCAUGAUGGUGUAAUUGUCAGAAAGGGGGUAUGGGUUGAAUACCCCUCAGUUGUCAGAUAGUUGGCCAAUUAUUGAAUCUCAGAACUUGGCAAAUUGUUUUUGUAGGCCGCAAGACAUGAAUUGGAUAGGAAGGAAAAAAAGUAAAAUAUUGGAGUGACACUGAUUAAAAACUAAUAAUUUAUAUAGCUAAAAUUUAGGGAAAUUCACGAAAACAUUAAGGAAAAUUAAACGAACAAUGGUAUGGUUAGCCCAAAAGAAAAUGGAAAAUCUAAUGUCUGGAAAAAAUGUUUACUUUGAGGCACUAACCACCCCCUACCCCCAUGACUUUGCAAAAUUUAACCCUUCCCCAAUUCAAAUAGGGCUACACUGCCCCUAAAAUUUUAUGGUGUCUCAUUGCUGCCGCAGCGAGCGAGCCUGAAGCGAGCGAGCAAGGCAGCAGAUCCUAAUUUUGUUUUGUGGGUCGAUAUCAAAAUUUUCUAUUUGGCGCAUUGCAUGACGGUACCAGUGAAUUUUAACCGUGGUGCAGCGCGGUCAAGCAUAAGGCAAACAGGCAAUGUGAUCAUCUUUCAUCUUUGGUCUUCUUUUAUGGAAAGCCAUACCUGGCUUAAAGUGAUCAAACGGCAUUUUGUUGGGUGCUUUUAGCAUUAUACGGCGGUGCUUUUAGCAUUAUACGGCGGUGCUUUCGCCAUUAUACGCGGUGGUUCCCGCAUUAUACGCUGUGGUUCCAGCAUUAUACGCGGUGCUUUCACCAUUUAUAUACGCGGUGCUUUUGCAAUUAUACGCCGUGGUUCGAGCACUAUAUGCGGUGCUUUUAACAUUAUACGCGAUGCUAGCUUUCAUUCAACAUUAUUUUCAUAUUCUUUCCAUGACAUGUAUAUGAUUUAACGAUUGCUUAAAUUUGGUAUGUGGUUGACGAAUGCUUUUUGCCUAUGGUCCGCAAAGACAAUGACAUGCUUUUCUGUGUAUAUAAAUAAAUAUAACGCAGCGAAUGCGCCAAGCAGUAUAAACGCGUGGCUGAAAUACGAUAUUAAAAUCUUGAAUGUGCCGUAUGAUUUAAUUAUGUUUUAGGAUUUACAAAUGCUUUGUCAUUUGGUGUUUAUACUUGUACUGCAUCACAAGGCAGUACGUAAGUGAAAAAAUUUCACAUGUGAGAUUGUCUUGUAUAUAUUUUUGCUUUCUUUGAUAAACAUUAUUUAUAAACACGCAAAUUUUAAUUAGUGAGAUGCAAUAUAACAAUGUUAAAAUGUCACCUGCAUGUCAUUGUCAUUGCCCUUUAACCCCUGGUCUAAUUGGCCGCUUUUGAAAAUGUUGAUCAUGACGAACCGCACUUUUGUGUUUUAAAAACAAGUUAGGAUAAAACGCGGAUACGGACGGACGGAUGAAUGAAUGAAUGACGGACGGACGGAUGGCGAUAGACGGACCGGACGGAUAACAUAUAUAUGUCAUUAUAUAGUCUGCGCGCAGCCGCGCAGGGUAGUUAGUGGCUUACGUCUUCGCUGGUUGUUAUACUUUAAAAUAAUUUUGUAUUUACCGAGAAAUCAAUAUUCCGAGUAUAUAAAUAUAUAAACUGGGAUGUCACACUGAUAGUUUGUUUACAUUUCCUGGAGCAUCAAAUCUUAUGUUUAACCACGGUGGUUUAACCCAUUAGCUGACAAUGUGCCAGUCCCUUGUCCAGCGAUAGAAAAUUUUACUCGUCAGUGGUACAGGGUACUGCCAGUAAAUGGGUUAACAAACCUAUCUGCCAAUGGCUCUUGUUAAUCCAUCAGCACAGUAAUGACUUUAGUAUUUACCCUGUCCAACGCCAGACGAUUUUUAAUACUCAGUCAGUGGUAGGGCCGUGCUGUCAAUAAAUGGGUUAACAAGGAUAACAAAAAGUCUACUUUCUCUGAGAGCCGCUACGCAGGCUAGGAUAACAAUAAUAGGAUGUUUCUGAAGGACUCGUUCAACACCCUGUAGUUUGUCUUUUGCUGUCAAAGGCAGCAUUACUGCCCUGUGGGUAACCUAGUUUACAAUUUAUGGUGGUGAUGAAAGGGUGCACUCCCCCCCCCCACCCUUGGAAAUUAUGCAGUCUUACUAAGGAGUAAGGACUAACUUCCCAACGAAGUUGUAUCCCUAUUAAUCCAAAACUUUUUUAUUAUUGACACUACAGCACAGACUGUUCAGUCCUAGUGACCCUCUUGUCAUAGUACAUUAAUCCCCUAAAUUUUCUUUGAGUCUCUAAUGGGUCAACCAAAAUACCUGCAUUAAAAGAUCCGGUUAAUAUCUGUAGGCCCCCUCCAGUUCACAUGAGGUAAUCAGAUUUUGUGAACAUGGUGGUGAGCAAAAAAUUCUGCCAGAAAAGUAGAAACUAAUCCUACUUUUUUGUGGUGAAUUUUUGUGCUGUAGAAUUUCUUUUCAAGGAAAGAGUACCAAAUGAUUGUAUUUUUGUAGAGUGACAAAGAUAAGACUAAUAUUCAGAAACUUAUUGAUGUGAUCAAAGGAAGUAAGAAGGUACUGAAUGCUAUCUAUCUUCAAACUUGUUAGCAGAGUCUAUAGAGGUGUAUGGGGCUGAUUCUUUCCAUGCAAGGGGGAGUAAAAAAAUUGCCCAAAUUUAUGUUUCUCAACCAGCAAAUGCAUUUAAAAAGUUAGCUAACUGUAGAAACUAGAAAAUAAAGCUAAAACAAAGCUAUUUUGAGAGGUAUGCCGAAAAAGAUUUUGAACCAUUUUCAUCACAAAUAUGUGACAUUGAAACUAAGUGCUACAUCAAAAAGUGCUACAGUGCAUCGUCAUGUUAUGAUUCAACAGCAAUUUAUCCCGAUGGAGAACGUGACAUUUGAAUGCACUCCAAACUGAGACUCUGAAUUAGCUUAUUUAUGCAUUGUCGAUUUCCUUUGUGUUUUGGUCAUGAAUUAUUAUUGGAUUCAUAGUAUUACAAAACUUUUCCAAGUUUUACCAUAUUCUUAAUUUGAACAUAUUCUAGGGCAAGAAUGUCGGUGUGUUCCAAAAAGAUAAUUUCCAUAACGAGUUCAUCGAUAGUUGGAAUGACAAUUUCAAGAAAAAUUCAUUUCGAAAGGUAACCUGUUACCCAGUUUAUACCAGCUCAAGUAUGCUGCAAUAAUAAUUGGGAGUACCAGCGAGAUAUUGCUGAAAAUCUCGAAUUAUCACACCCUGUUUGUUAUAUCUUACAGGUUGAUAUAAGUGCUCAUGUGGCUUAUGCCAUGGCUUCCAAAGAAGAUUCAGAAGUAAAUCAUAUAAAAGUAAGGGAACUCUGUGAUUUGAUCAUUAUGUUGUUUUUUUCUUAUAUUUUUCAUUAUGGUUCAAGUCUUCUUGUCUGGAUAUUUUUUAAUAAAAGCUAGUCAGAUACCGGUCAAUAACUGGCUAAAGUUUUAAAAGUGAACUGUUCUUCUUUCUUGCAGAAAGCUUCAUUGGUAUCAUCUGAUAUAUUUAGCAAAUUUUUUAAAGGUCAUAUCAUGGAGAUUGUGGACCAGGAAAAGGUUUAAAAAAAUUUUGCAAUACGAUUGCCUGCUGUCAUAAAAAAAAUGAAGCGCCUUCAAUCCAACUUUACAGUUCAAGAACAAAAGUAAAAGAUUAUAGUUUCAAUUGGACCAUUCAGAGGGUCAACUUUAUUAUUUUCUUAUUGAAAAUGAGGACUAUGAAAGCAAGAUUCUCAGUUCAGUAUUAGCUGUACUAUUUUAUUUUCGGACAUACGCACAAUUUAUUUUCGGACAUACUAUUUUUCACUAACUUUCGAACUAAUCUAUCGUAGUUUGUACAAUUUUUCAGUAAUAUUUUCGUAAAUUUAUCAAAAAAUUUUUUGCAACUAUUACUUUUCAAUCAAAUAUGUAAAAAAAUUCUGAAUUACACAUUUUUUGUCUGACGAGCGCUUCUUUAAAAUUGUUAAAAUUCCCCGAUAUUACAACAUUGGGGGCGUCACCCCCCCCCCCCCUGUAGUUACAGCCCUGGUUUUGUGGCCCCUCGACUGGCAAUGCUUGGCAGUCUUCCACUCAUUAAGUGUUCAUUAAAUACCUAUCACUCUAUCCUGUUACAAUAUCCCCAUAUACAUUUGUAUCUUUUUUAAUUUUUAUGCAGCGUGUGAAGCAUUCAAAAAUAGCGGACAAUCUAGACGCUGCUCUGGACUCGAAGAAAUAUCUUCUUGCCGGAAUGGAUUCAGACCAGACAGAGAUGUGUUUCAGUCCAAUUAUUCAAAGUGGAGAAAAUUAUAGCCUGAAGUUUAGUGCUACCAGGUUAGUUACUCAUAUAGCUUGAGGUUUGGUUAUAGAUUGGAGCUACUGUAGGUGAAUUAGACAAUGCAUGGCUCUGAGGUAUGGUACACAUCGGUUUGACAAGAGUCCCGAAUAUAAGUUUGUAGAAAAAAUUGUUAUAAGGUUGUAAGACUGACAAGUUUGAUACAGUCAUGAUAUAACAAGAGUGUUACAAAGUUGACGACACAAAGUUGUAACAAUAUUGUAUAUCAUGACUGUAUCGGACUUGUUGGAACAAUCCUGCAACAAGUCUGAUAAUAUCAACAAGGUUGUUGCAAGUUGUUAACAGCUUGUUCCAAAUUUGUUCACAAUUUGGGACAAGCAGUGCGAACACAACCCAGAUGAUCUUGAUACGCGGAAAAGUACUGGCACUAGUUGUCAAAUAGAAAUCCAUUUUAUGAUUAAAACAACUGAAUAUCUCCUGUAAUAUACUUUAUUUCGAUUCCAUAUUUUUGUCAGAGCUAUAAUUCUCAUAACCAAACAUAAUUACAAAAUUUCAACUAGUUUCAUAAAGAAUAACAAAAGAUAUAAUUGACUGAAUACAUCGAAAUGGAUUUCUAUUCGGACAACCCUUUCUGAGCGCUGAUUGGCUAAAAUACGAACACGAGAUCACCUGGACUUGUUAGCAGACUUGCUACAAGAUGUGAAUUUUUUACGUGUGUACUACAGUAUCCACAAACCGUGAGACUGAACUAUCCUAAUACUGUAAUUAAGAUAUUUUAGGUUAGACCUCCGACCUCGGGAGACCUGUUGGUGUUCUCGCACAUUUUAAUGUUCUUCAUUUCUUGCAGUAAUGAUGAUCGACUAGACUAUGGUGUGAUCAUAUGUACGUUUGGUGUGCGCUACAGAUAUUACUGCAGCAGUAUCAUCAGAACAAUGUUGGUACAACCCACAGAGGUGCGCACAAUUUUUUGUAUAUCAUUGGGGGUUGCCAGUGCCAAAAAGCUACAUUCCUUGACUUUUCGUGGGUUCACCCUGUUUAGGUUAACACAAUCUUCUGUCAAUGAACAGAGCUAGCAAAAACUCCUGAAAAAGGCCCGGCUGCCAUAAUUUGACUGCUGUGUAGUGCAGUCCACGAAUUGACUAUGUUAUACUUUGUGCUCAAGGCAUGAUCAAAAUGCAUGAGAGUUUGCAGUCACAUGAUCUUGUUUAGCUUUUCUUAAUGCUUUCCCAAGAGUCAAGACCACACAGUAAAUCUUUGUUUUGUUAAACUAGGGCUUGAAAUGCCCCCAAUAACAAUGCAAGAUCCCAUUGAUUCUCGUCCCCAUUUGACCAGGUCCUAUUCACCGAUGAGCCCAUUCCAGAAGUCAAACUUUUGAUGAUAAUAAUAAUUAUUAGUAUUUUUGCACAAGUGAACAUAACAAAUCCUACAAAUUGAUUGAUCAAAUUUGACGUAUUAAGCUGUUAUAUUCACCUACAGGUGAAUAUAACAAAAACGAAAUUUUCAAAAUGGUGGCUAGCCAUUUUGUGGAAGUUACUGAUAAAGAAAUUUAAAAUAAAUUCGAAAUUAAAGUAAAUUCGGAAUAUUCCCCGAUAAUCACAUCGCCUUUGGCGAAUAAUUGUUAAUUAUUAUUAAUUUCAUUGAAUAAGGACGACAUACAAUUUUACUCGUCAAGGGAAGGGUCUUGCACACUAAUAGGUUAAAUGCUGAAUUUUGAUAUGCAAUUGACAAUGUUAUAAUAAUAAUAAUAAUAAUAAUAUUAAAUUCAAAGUAUAUAGCAUUGUUAGACUAAUUGUUCACGGCGCUUUACAAUACUAGCAGUAUUUUGUACUAGUUGUAGCCUCUUAAUCAUUCAGGGCUCAAAAUAAUGGGAGAUAGGUAAAAUGACCGGUCAACUUAAUUUUAGCUCAGUCCAAAUCUGUUUUUGACCGGUCAUUGAUACACUUACAUUAACAGUGAAACAAACUAUAAGAAACUUGUUUCGAUACAUCAUAGUUUCAUGUUUUAAUUCAAGACGUCAUCAAUCACAUUGGAAGGCAUGAAAAUGUGGCCGGUCAAAAUGACCGGUGAGGUAAUGAUCAGUCUAAAGGUAUUUUUGGCCGGUCAUUGUCUGUUGACCGGCUGUUAUUUUGAGCCCUGUAAUCUGAUACUUAGUCCAUCGAGAAGGGCAUUACAUUAGUAAUCUACUGUAAUUUGCUAGUUACAAAAGCAUGAAUUAAACUAUUGAAUUAUGAUUCUAGGAGCAACAAGCGAACUACAACAUAUUGCUGUCAACGCUUGAUGCAGUGGUGGAGAAAUUAAAAGAUGGCGUAAAAUUAUCUGAUGUCUAUAAUGUGGCUGCAGAUCACGUCAAGGAGAAGAAGCCCGAACUACAAGGAAAUUUUGUUAAAAGUAUUGGGUACGUUCCAAUUAUUGUCUUUUUGGAAUUCAAUUUCAUAAUUUUUGCCACAAACAAUUUACAUUAUGCCGGGUUUAAAAUGGAUAAUUUAAAUUUAGAUAUAUUUGUAGGCUGUUAAAACUUAUGCAUUAAUUGUAUAGAUCAAUGAAUUAAGAGGAAAAACUCCGCGUUGUUGCUAAUUUAGAAGUUGUCGGCCAGAGCUGUGAAAUGCCAGUGACACCCGGCUGCUAUUUUAAACCAGUGGCGGACACUUUUAAAAUUUUGAAAGGAAAAUUUUAAAAUUUGAAUCCCGGAAAUGGCAUUUGCGGCAUUCUGAGAACACAUUUUGUAAAAAAACUAGAUUUUCAAAACACUGUUUUAAUGGUGCAUUUUGUUAUAAAUCACAUGCUAAGCAUAGAAAACCAACAUUUCCGAGAAAGUAUUUACCCCCUUGUAUCAGUCAAAAAGAGUGUAUAAAAUGCAUAUGUUGUGACAUGUACAGUACAGUACAGAAGCAUAUAUUAUAUUAUGAUAACAAUUACGUUAUAUGAGUGUGAUUUGUGUUAUUUGGUACAAGAUUUUUAGUCUUUCAAAAUUAUGCCCCCCUAGUGUCCGCUACUGUUUUAAACCCUGUUUUGAUCUGUCAUUGCAGUACAUGCAGUAUGUUCAUUGUUCAAAUCGGUAUCAUUUUUUGCGUUCUUCAUUUUUUUUCGUUCUCCCAGAUUUGCGACGGGGAUUGAAUUUCGAGAAGGAUCUCUGAUGAUCAAUGCGAAGUCAAAUCACAAAGCUCAAAAAGGUGUGAACUAUAUGUUGUAUUCGUAUUAUAUAUACAGUACAAAUUGUGGUAUACAGGUGCAUGUGCAUGUAUGCACUUGUAAUGCCAUUUCCUGCAUUUUGGGGGGUGAUUUUCAGAGUUCUGAAGAUUACAAAACGUCCGAUAUAUGCGCAAAAAUGGUACUUUUUUAAGCCUGACCAGUUUAGAAUAAUUGAAUCGUUUGUUUACAAUUUUGAUAUUUUGAAGAAGAGGAGACAAAAAGAAGAAAGUAUUUUACUGUUUAUUGCUUCAGUUUUGUUGACAUACAGUAAAACUUGUUGGGACAGCAGGUGGCUGCAGAUAAUAAGUAACCGGUCGUUUUGGCCGGCUAUCGGUCCUAAACGACAGCCCAGUUGACUGAAUUAGCCAUUUCCCAAAGUUCUGCGUCUAGUCGCGCAAAUCCCAUGUUGCAGGGACAAGAAAUAUGGCAGCACACAUUUAAAUUAAAUGUUUAAUGUAAAAAGGAGAUUUUUUUGGUUGUCUGAAAAGUUGAUUUUGAUAUUAGAUACUUCUACUCUUUCACAUAUUUGACGCCUGCCACCAUAUAUUUUGUCUCUCCAAACGAUCCCAGAAUGCACUGUGAUCUAUGUGAUCACUGGAAAAGGCUAAUUAUUGUGAUAUUCUAUAGGCAUGGUUUUUUGUGUGAGUGUUGGCUUCUCUGGGUUGGUAAAGAAAGGUGAAGACUCGAAGAAGGAUAAACAAUAUGCCUUGUUCAUCGGAGAUACUGUCCUUGUCAACGAGGUAAAACCUAAAAGUACCAGGGGUUUAAAUAUUCUUCAGAAAUACUGUAUGCGAGGUCAAUGCAGGGUCUGAAAUUUGAUUAUUUUUUUUAAGUAUCCACAGGUUUUAAAAUUUGGUAUCCCUCCCGAUAAUCCAGUAUCCCAAAUCUGGAUACUUAACUAGUUGACUUUUCGUAUCCCGCAGGGCCAGACCCAACAUCACUCUAAGGCUUACUCUUAGUCAAGCAUUUUCAUCCAUCGCAUUUUAUGUUUAAUAUACUAGAAUCCUAAAAGGAACUUAUGCAGUUCAAAUGUUCAAUUUCUUAACAGUUAACAGGGUUAUUUAAUUAUAAAUUUUAGUUCAUGACGAACUAUCGACCUUCAAAUUUCCUUACAAUCUUCUUGACUUUUCUUGACAGUUGUUUCAAUGUGGAAACACUAUUCAAAAUGGCGACUCGCGAAUUCAACCAUGAGUGGACUACAUGCAUAAAUACAACGUUAAGACGAAUGCUAGACUUGUGUUACAGCACUAUUUAAAUUAAUGAACCAAGAUGUUGGGAGACUACUAAAACAUUAACUGCUAUCCCGAUUUUUAAAAAAAUGUGGUAUCCCAUCGGGAUACAAGUAAAAUAAACUUAGCUAGUAUCCAAAACCAAAUUUCAGUAUCCCGUGGAUAUCGGGAUACCGCAAAUUUCAGACCCUGGGUCAAGUUAGCACCAUUGGGCGUCAGCGUUCUUCUCUUGACGAGUAAGAUCGUCUGGCGUUAGACAGAGUAAAAUAGCAAAGUAUAGGGCGCAUCUGGGCGCAUUGCCACUUGAAGGCUUGAUGUAAAAUGUUCUAAAAUAGUUUUAUAUUCCUUUUCUGUGUUUUUAGUUAUUUCCUGUACUUUUAAUGUUUUGCGAGCAUUUACUGAGUUUUCAAAGCAUGAAAAGAUGAGCCUUUUCUGCAAGUAGCAAAUGCCAGUUAACUCACGAGUUAACAAUCUAUAAAGAACAUGAAAAUUUCUAAAGAACAUGAAAUUUCAAUUCUGUGAAAUUUCAAUUUGAACUGUCUAAAGAACGUGAAAUUUCAAUUUUGUGACCAUUUUACCAAAGCGCUUUAGACAGCGAGAUAGAGAAUUGAUGUCGGAGAAUUGGGAGAAUUCUUGUUGUCUGAAAGAUUUUUGGUUUAACCUUGAAUAAAACUUUUUAGACCACAGUUACACCGCGUUAUGAAAACGAUAACUUUACUGUAAAUCUAAAUGUCUUACUGCAAUUUACACCUAUAGAACCUUGUUUGUUAAAAUCCAUCUCCAGGCGACAACUUGCGAAAAAAGCACUAUUUAAAACACGAGCAGGCAAUAUUAUUAUUAUUAUUAUAUAAAGCGCGGACUGCGAUUGUGUUAAAUGGCUUAAAAACAAAACGAGUAAAAUACUAUUUCUUUAUGAAACGUAGAACACUGCUGCAACAUUGCUGACUCCAGCUAAGAAGAAGAUCAAUAAUGUUGGAAUAUUCUUAAAGGUAUGACGGUGAAUAGUGAGCUUAUAAGCAAACAACGUUUUUGACAACACGAACGGCACGAGUAACGUCAGAAGACUGGGUCAAGGGCUGUGAUUGGUGAAAAACGUCGACUUUACUUCCGGUCGACGUCCGUGUUGUCAAAAACGUCACUUGCUUAAGCUCACUAAUGGUGAUGCGAAAACAUUCACACUAGCAAUUCUGUCGGGGAUUUUUCUCCUUCUGGCAAAUGUGAUUGAACGAAUGACGUGCAAAAGACUUAGAAUUGUGUACUUCUGAAAAGCGACUCUAUACUUUCGUGUGCGAGUUCACUCAUUUGCAUCCGUCAGAAACACAGAAUUGCCGACAAAAUUGCUAGUUUGAACCAGGCUUUAUGGUAAAAUUAAAAUAUAUUCUGUCUUGUUUAGGAUGAAGACGAACAGGAGGACUCGGAUAAUGCAGACGUAUGUUAUUUUUAUAUUUGAGUAUCCAAAGCCAAAAAAAAUAUGUGGGUUUCCUAUUUCUUCUUGUAAAAACUUAGGUAGGGUGGGUCGGUUUUAAGUUCUUUUUUUUAAACAUUUUUUUUUUAAUUUUCCUAACAAAUUAGGUUUAGUCAGUGCUUCCACAUCCAGAGAUAGAUUUGCCUAAUAUUGCCUCAAAUUUCCAUUUUCCACAAACGUUUUCCUCUGAGUGGAAACACUUACAAGCAUGAUCCAAUAAAGUAGUUUAGGGUCGGGAUUUCGGCGUCCAAAAGCUAGGUCGAGUCGGGAAACCGGAAACCCACCCACAUAUUUUUUUUUUGCCCAAUAUAAAUAAAAUAAGUUUUGGGGGUAGGUGGGGUAGGGGCAACCGCCCCUCCCCCAAUUUUAAAGCCUUUGAAUGAUAACUGAAUUGAGUAAUUGUGUAACAAAGCUGGAACCAUACUUUUUCAGAUGUUAGAUGCGAAACCAGGAUUCAUAUUAAGAGUUUCAAUGAGAGUUGACGAAACUCAUGCAAACUUUCGCUUGCCAACUCUUAUAAACUCUCAUUGUCAUUUGACCAGGGCUUUAAUGGUUGAACUACUUUUGUUGUUCCCUUGAAAGUUUCCAACUGUAGUGCAUGUAAAAUAGAUUAUACCUAUACAUAUAGGAGUGUUCGGUAUACUGAUAUGUUAUAUACCGAAAAUAUCGGUAUUGAACCAAUAUCGGUUUAGUGGUAUGAGUUUUUCAGUCAUACCGAACAUUCCUUCCUAUAUAAUUAUAUAUUAUAUCUCUGACACUUUGUGACUCUUACGAUUAAGGACGAAGAUCUAUUACGAAGUGCUGAAGGAAAAUCUAAAUUAUUGGAAAACAGAACGAGGGUAUGUAUUUACUUUUCACGAUUUUCUGCAUCUUACUCAAUAGAACUAACUUUUGAAGAUUUCAAUAUUUACAAGUAUAAGCUAUCAUUCCGUGUUUACACUGCCGCCAUUUUUAUUUUUUCAACAUAAUCAACAAUGAUACUCAUUCUGCAAUGGCAACCAAAGUUGAAUUGCCUAUUAAACCUUCGCAGAUGCUCUUGGUUUAUGUGUAAAAUUUACACGUGAAAUUUAUAAAAUUUACACGCGAAAUUUCCAUUUUUCACGUUCGCAAAUCGUAUACCUAAUAAUGCAAUAAUUUAUGUUCAACAUUGUUUUCUUACAGACAGAGUUAACUGCAGAGGAUAAACGUAAAGUUCAUCAACAAGAACUACGAGAACAACUCCAUGAGGAAGCCAAACGACGGCUGUUAGAAGCCCAAGGAAAAACACCAGAGAAAAA